CCAGCAUUAUCGACACCUACGUGGGCAUUCUUUCCACGGACUUUUAAUAUUUCGACCUUUCUACGACCUGUGCUUAGAUUCUCCUGGAGAGAAAAUCGCCUUUCAAUACCACCGUCAUUUCGACAACUCCUUGAACUCUCAUAAUAUUAGUGAUCUGGACUGGAGAGCGGAGAAUCGACACCUCAACAAAUAUGCCUCAAUAGAACAAAUCCGAGCCCAAGAGACGAAUUAGAGGGAUUGUCAAGCCUGGACGGUUCGAUUCUUCGCGUAAACCACCAUGUCAAAUAAUUCCACCUCGAGUGGGAAUGGAUGCGAUCCCAGCACCUUCCUCGGCCUGCUCAAUUGUGCUAGCAGUCCAAACGCCGCGCAGACCCCGAACACACUCAAGGCCUCCAUCAUCGCUGCAUUUAGUGGCUUUGGGAUCCAGUUUCUAGCCUUCAUCUUACUACGCCUACGCCUCACAAGAAUCUAUGUUCCGAGAUCCUAUCUUGUACCGAAAUCACAACGUGUGCCACAGCCUCCGAGAGGUCUCAUCGGAUGGCUCUACCCGAUCUUCACCACCACGAACCUGACACUGAUCCAGAGAUGUGGUCUUGAUGCAUAUUUCUUCUUGCGUUAUCUUCGACUGCUCCUCAAGAUCUUCCUUCCGACAUCAAUCCUCGUGCUGCCGAUCCUGCUUCCAAUCAACCAGACUGGUGGUGGCGACCAAGAUGGGCUUUUUGCUUACUCGAUACAGAAUGUUAGCAGUGCCGGGGCUGGGGGCAAGCUCUGGGCGCAUCUGAUCCUUGCUGUCUUGUUCAUAUUCUGGGUGUUCUACGUCGUCUUCACUGAGCUCCGAGGCUAUGUUCGAGUACGACAAGCAUACUUGACCAGCCCCCAGCAUCGUAUUCGCGCCUCAGCUACUACAGUACUCGUAGCAGGGAUCCCCAAUAAGUGGCUGACAUUCGAAGCCCUCUCUGGCCUAUACGAUGUCUUCCCAGGUGGCAUCCGCAAUAUUUGGAUUAAUCGCAAUUACGAUGAACUGUCGAAGAAAGUGAAGCAACGGGACAGCAUUGCACGCCAGCUCGAAUCUGCCGAGACCAGCCUCAUUGUAUUGUGCCAUAGAAAGAAUGCAAAAGCCGAGAAGAAAAGAGCUAAAGCACAAGGUGGGAAGAGGAAGACAAGGGAGGAAAAGAAACAGGACCAAGAAAGAGACGACAAAGAUGCCCGCAAGAUGGCUGAAGGCCGAGGCGUGAGCGCUGGCGAACAGCAUGAAGUGUCGGAAGGAAUGCAAGAGAUCUUAGAGACAGAGCGUCGACAGCAUGAAGAACUGCAGAAAUCGCACUCGAACAACAAUCCCUUUGGAUUAGUAGGACAGGGACUUGGUGCGGUAGGACAAGGUCUUGGACAGUUCGGGAAGGGUUUUGGAAAGUUGGGAGGUCGCGUCAUCGCAGACGUGGACAACAAUCUUAUCAAAACCGUGAAAGGCAUAGAUCACAUGGCUGAUGAAGCGAACACGAGUGGAAUUCCAGGUCUCGGAGCAAGCUACGUCGACGACGACUCGCUUUAUCGUGAUCCAACAGCUCAUGCUUCGGAUUCAAGUCUUACUCCCGAAGAGGCGCACCCAGGACGAGACCUACGCUCGCAAUUUCCGAAACGGGAAGCAAAAGAGGUCACCGCUGGGUUGUCUGUGCAACUGCCACCGCAGAAACCCAACCCCUUUGCCAGUAAUCGUGACUCCUACCACGCUCAGCGAGUCUCACCGACAGGCUCUGAUGGUGUCGACCAUGGUCUACCGAGCGUCAACGUCGUCCGUCCGUCUUCCGAUACUAGGCCCGCAGAAAGUCUGGAGAUACAAGAGCCACACGCGCCAACGAAGCACAAUGCGCUCUGGAGUAUCUUCGGUAACAACGACAGAUCUCUCGCAGUCCCCUCCCCUCGACCUCACGUGGCAGAAUCAGAUGAUGAGUUUCCACUCAGUGCCGACACCUCAGAGUCGAACGACAAGCACGACGACAAAUUCUCCAAAAGCAAGAUGGCCGAAAAAGUUUCAUUUGGUAAGCAAUCGUCUACUGAGGCUAAGAUUGCAUACCCGGAAGCCAUGCGCGAAGACCUAAACACCAUCGCCGCUGAGGAACAAGCAGUCUGGCGCAAUUAUAUUUCCGAGAAAGACCGAGCUACUAAACGUCUGCCGAUUCGGCCAUGGCUUUUCGCCUUGCCAUUCAUGGGCAAGAAAGUGGACAAGAUAUACUACUUGCGUGGCGAAUUAGCCCGUCUCAACACUGAGAUCGAAGCAGACCAGAACGAAACCGAGCGCUUUCCAUUAAUGAAUUCAGCAUUCAUUCAAUUCAAUCAUCAGAUUGCAGCCCAUAUGUGCUGCCAAUCGCUCAAUCAUCAUGCUCCGCUUCAGAUGGCCCCUCGCAUCGUUGAGAUCAGUCCUGGCGACGUCAUUUGGGACAAUAUGGCUGUUAAGUGGUGGGAACGCUACUUGCGCUUUUUCUUGGUGCUCCUCGCCUGCGCUGGCAUGACGGUUCUCUGGGCUGCGCCCGUCGCCUUCACCUCCGUGCUCAACAAGGUCACGACUCUUAGUGGAGUGUCACCUUGGCUGACCGAUAUCGCCAAUUCAUCGAGUGUGGCCACCUCGAUCAUUCAGGGUGUCUUGCCUCCAGUCCUACUGAGCUUGAUCCUUCUGUUGGCCCCGCUGAUCUUCCGUGCAUUGAUCACGCAGCAAGGCGUUCCUACUGGUACAAUUCGCGAGCUGGGAGUGCAAAAGUGGUACUUUGCAUUUUUGUUCAUCCUGGUCUUCCUCCUGGUUUCCCUUGUCAAUGGUAUUACCACGUUCCUCAAUGCCAUUGCCGACAAUCCGAUCUCUGUUCCAUCUGCUUUGGCACAGAAUCUUCCGGGCGCAGCGACAUAUUUCUACUCAUACCUCAUCGUUCAGGCGUUGGGCAAUUCAGCAGGUGCCCUCCUUCAGACUUUCACUCUGUUCAUGUGGUUUGUAUGGGCCUCAAUCGCCGACUCUACUGCUCGAGAUAAGUUUAAGCGCCAAACUCAGCUCAGCACAGUCGAAUGGGGAUCCUUCUUCCCGGUGUUCACCAAUUUCGCCGUGAUCGGCAUCAUCUACUCGAUGAUCGCUCCUCUGAUUCUGGUUUUCAUGCUCUUCAUCUUUGCGCUGUUCUGGAUAGUCUACAGGUUCAAUGUUCUCUACGUGAACGCGCAGCAGACUGACACUGGCGGGCGCCUCUUUCCCGUGGCAAUCAAUCAGCUCUUCGUCGGAAUUUACUUCCUCGAGCUCUGCCUGAUCGGUCUGUUCUUCACCUUGACGACCGGCUCAAGUUUUCCACAAGGUGGUAUCAUGAUAGCCAUGUUGAUCAUCACUGCCGUUUAUCAAAUAUUGCUUAACAGUGCCUUCGCGCCAUUUUUCGAAUACCUGCCCAUUACUCUGGAGGACGAAGCAGUGAUGAGGGAUGCCGAAUUCGCCCGGAUUCAGGCCGCCAAGUUCAACCAUUCUUCUGACGCGGAUAAGGAAGAAUUUGAAGAAGGCUUGACCGAGAUUGAAAGACACGAAAGAAAGCUGAGGCUGUGGAGAAGCAGCGAGGAGAAGAGAUCUGCUGAGGAUCCAGUCGAAGGUACUCCUGUCCUAGAUGGUCGUUCAGGCAGUGCUCCAAAGACCUUGGCCUCUCUUCCCAUAGACCAGAAGAAUGCUUGGCAUACUCGUGCCCGGCAACCUUUCACAGCAGAAGGCCUACGAAAGGUCGGCCCUGACGCUGUUGCACGAUUGCGCUACUUGGCGGACGGCAAACGCCGAGAGCCGCAACAUGACACGGAAGCACAAAAGAGUAUCGGCGACGUCCUCUACGGCGAUUUUGCCGAAGAUCUCGAAGACCUAGCUCCAGAAGAUCGCGAUCUGCUGGUUCGAUACGCGUUUCAGCAUAGUGCGCUGCGAGCACGUCGGCCGGUCGUCUGGAUUCCUCGCGAUAAACUCGGAGUGAGCGAUGAUGAGAUUCGACGCACAAAGCAGAUGAGCACGGUCGAAGUCGACUCUCAGCAGAAGACUGCCAUUUGGAUGAGCAAUGACGGUACAGCGUUGGAUCACAAAGGACGAGUGGUGUUCCGCAAGAGUCCGCCAGAUUUCAGCAAUGUGGACUUGGUUGUGUUGUGAUUGUGUUUUCAUAUUCCUACUUUCUUACCUGCAUCGUUGCAUUUGUCUGGCAUUCAGCGUGUGGAGGAAUCAUGGUUCUAGCAGUAUACCACAUUGUUUCAAUAUCAUUUUGAAGCUCUCAUGCGAGCUUUUGUGCUAUCCACCUGACCGCAUCUUGGGCUG